AUGCCUGCCACCACCGCAGAGACUCUGUCUCUCGUCACACGGAAUGUCUCCGUUGCCCCUCUCGUGCUUCUUUCCGUCGUCGAUCACUACAACCGGGCGGUAGACAAGGGAUCGAAACGCAGAGUGGUGGGUGUUCUCUUGGGCUCAAACGAUGGCAAGAACGUUCGUGUUUCGAACAGCUUCGCAGUACCCUUCGAGGAGGACGACAAGGACCCCUCAGUCUGGUUCCUGGAUCACAACUAUGUGGAGGGCAUGAACGACAUGUUCAAGAAGGUCAACGCGAGGGAAAAGCUUAUCGGAUGGUACCACUCUGGUCCCAAGCUGCGAGCGUCCGAUCUGGGCAUCAACGAGCUGUUCAAGCGAUACACCCCGAACCCUCUCCUAGUCAUUAUUGAUGUACAACCGAAGGAGGCGGGUGUGCCGACGGAUGCAUACUUCGCCGUGGAGGAGAUCAAGGAUGACGGCACAACUACCUCGAAAACCUUCGUCCACACCCCGUCGAUCAUCGAGGCCGAAGAGGCAGAAGAGAUUGGUGUCGAGCACCUUCUCCGCGACAUUCGCGACGUCGCAGUCGGCACCCUAUCGACCCGGAUAACAAACCAGCUCCAGUCCCUCCAAGGACUGCACCUCCGCCUCCGCGACAUCGGCGCUUACCUGCAGAAGGUUCUUGACGGCCAGCUCCCAGUCAACCAUGCCAUCCUCGGCAACCUCCAAGACGUCUUCAACCUCCUGCCCAACCUGUCGACGCCAAAGGGCGACGGCAAGUCGACCGGCGGCGAGCUCUCCCACGCCAUGAGCAUCAAGACCAACGACCAGCUCAUGGCCAUCUACCUUAGCAGUCUGAUCCGCGCGAUCACCGCCUUCCACGAUCUCAUUGAGAACAAGAUCCAGAACCGCCAGCAGCAGGAGGAGAAGGAAGCCAAGAAGGAAGAGGCGAACGGCAAAGACGAGAAGAAGGAUGACAAGGUGAACGGUGUCAACGGCGACUCUAAGGAGUCCGCGGACAAGGACAAGGAGGCGAAGGAGAAGAAGAAGUAG